CUCUCUGACUCCCACCAAGAGCUGCUGUGGCCACUGCCUCUCCCUGCAGGACCCCUGCCUCGCAAAGCCAGCACCAUGUGCAACCGGUUUGUGGGAACCUGGAAACUCGUCUCCAGCGAGAAUUUUGAUGACUAUAUGAAGGAAUUGGGAGUGGGAUUAGCUUCCCGGAAGAUAGGUGGCCUGGCAAAGCCCGAUGUGAUCAUCAGUAUGAAGGGGGACAUAGUAACCAUCAGAACUGAAAGCACCUUCAAAAAUACAGCAAUCUCUUUCAAACUGGGCCAGCAGUUUGAUGAAACAACAGCAGAUGACCGAAAAGUCAAGAGUGUUGUAACCCUGGAGAAAGGGGCAUUGGUGCAAGUGCAGAAGUGGAAUGGCAAAGAGAGCACAAUAAAAAGAAGACUGGUUGAUGGGAAAAUGGUGGUGGUAAGUUGA